UCAAGUUCCACGAGAAUGAAAAUUUGCUGCUACAAAAUGUUCAUCGUACCGACAUGGGGAUGUACCUCUGCAUUGCAAGCAACGGAGUGCCUCCAAUUGUCAGCAAGAGAUUUUUUGUACAAGUCCAUUUUCAUCCAGUGAUAAAGGUCACAAAUCAACUCAUUGUUGCUCCUGUCGGCAAGGAUGUAUUUUUGCAAUGUUAUGUUGAAACUUCUCCAAAGGCAAUGUACAGUUGGUUCAAGGACACAGGUGAAAAACUUAUGCCUAGCAUUAAAUACACCAUUCUUGAGACACAGCUGAACGAUUACUCUUUGGUGAUGAAUCUCACAAUACGAAACAUGGAGAGAAAAGACUUUGGGAGCUACCAGUGCAUUGCAGUGAAUGCACUUGGAAAAGCUGAGGGCAUCAUCAGGCUUCAAGAAUUACGACAAGAUAAACCAACAACAACACAAAGCUCCUUCCUAAAUCGGUUCAAGGAGAUAGAGAAACCGCAGAGAAAAGAGCCUGAGUUCAAUCAUGGAAAAGAUAAACAUUACCACAAAAAGAAGAAACAACAAAAAACAGAGGAAGAGAAGCAGGAAGUCACGACAGGAUUAUCCAAAACAGACGUCAAACUUGUGGACACGAUAACAUGGUCGAUAAAUCAGUCAUCACAUCAUAAAACCAAUUUCGAUGAGAACAACCGUAGCAACGAAAUUGGUCUUCCAGUGAUGAACAUUUGUACCUUCUUGGUUGUUUUAAGUGUUUGUUUCUGAAUGGAAAAUAUAAAAACGAAAUUUCUCAAGCUUUUCAUCAUAUCAGAAUUUGAAUGAACCAUAAAAAACUUAGUCCUGAACCAUAAAGACUUGAGAAGGACAUGAAAAGUGUGUACAAAAAAUUUCAUGUAAACUACUCCUUCUAUAAGUUUUGAUGUACAGGAAUUUUAAGCCAGUUUGGAUUAAGUUUUGCAGAUUUCAAUCCAUUUGAAAAGUAUUCCUUUUAAUGUAGACUUUUAAAAAAACUGGUAUAACUCGUUCUGUUACAGUAAUGUAAUCAUUGUUGUGAGAUCUUACACAAUGUCAAAGCAAGAAUAAUGCUCUUUCUGGUCAAAUGUGGUCCUCCACUUUCAAAAGUACCACAGAGGAAAUUAUUCAGGAGGGCAUUUUUUGUCAAAUUUAAUCAAAUAAUCGGUUCCUGACUUUUUACUGAAAACAUUCUCUUAGAUUCCAGCAGUUUAUUUCAUUUCUGUGUAAGAAGAGAGCAUGAGGUUGCAAUAAAGACCAACAUUUCAAAACCUGAAACACGGCACAUUAAAAUUUUGGAAAGAAAUUUAUUACAACUAUGUUUCGUGUAAUCAAGACGACUGUAACUCUUGUUCAGCUUGACAUUUCUGGGUGUUCUCAGCAUCAAAAUGAUGGUAAAAUAUUCCCACACUAAGGGAUAUUAACAUCUCAAUACCCUCAAACAAAUUUAAUAAGUUCCAAAUUCAACCACCUGCUGUUACUUGGUGUUAGAUUCUUUUAAUUCCCUCUUUUUACAUUAUCAACAAAAGUCAUUCCGUCAAUUGUUCAGAGAAACUACCGGUGAUUAUUUCUGCAUGUUGAAAUUUAUAUACUGAGAACUGACGAAGAUUUCUCAGCUACUAGGCUACUAACUUUAAAAAUUGUAAUAAUUGCAUUAUUAAAAAGAGAAGCUGUGUUUCAGAUUUCAAUGAAUCGCCUGGGGAAGGACUGGAUUCACACAUAAAUACUGACGCUCAAUAGAUGGUUAGUUUUAAGCAGCAGAUAAAACUCAGAUUAUGUAAAUACCCAUGUAAGAUAUUAGUGAAAAUAGAUUCUGCAAAUAUGUAAUUCUCAAUGUGAACUUUUUUUUUUAUUAAUGCAUCAGAUAUCUAAAAAGUCUUUGUUAUUUUGCUACCUAUUAGUAACCUUGUUGAUUCAUUUGAGACAAUACAUUUUGAAAGAGAACAAAUUGUGAAUAUCGAAUCCUCUCUCCGUUAAACUCUCUGUUAAAUAUCCUUAGACGAUAAAAACUACCAGGGUAAGCUACCGAAGGAUGAGCGAGCUGCUAAAAUAUAGUGUUUGCUUAUUAUUACAGUUAUUUUGAAAGUGGAUAUGAUUAAUUUUCAUUGUUUAUAAAACUUUUGUAUUGGAUCAGACCAAUGCAUUGGAAAUGAUACCACCCGCCUGCUCUUCAAAGAAUCUAAUGCAGGACUGUUACACUUAGCCAUGUGUGGAACUGUCUUCACAUAGAUGCAUCACUUUUUUCAUUCUGAAUCAAAACAGGUGAAUAGUAAAUCUUUCGACUGCUACUUUGGCGCUAUCAUAAACGAUUUUCCUUGAAAAAACCAUUCAAUUGUGCGCUUCAAACAAAACAUUGAAAUAUCAGCUAGGAAUAACAGCCACUGGGUGGAGUUGUUUCUAAUGCAACAAAAUGAAAGUAUUUUCUGUGCAAUGGUGAAACACAGAUUUGCCCAGAUGUGAACAACUAUCCUGCUCAGUAAAUUCUGUGCUUCUAAAUUCUGUGCUUCGCCUGCAAGAUCUUUACUAGUAUCACUCUACUAGUGUUAGGUUUAAGAGUUUAGUCUCGAUUUUAUCAAAAAUUUGUCUUCCAAUAUUUUUCUUUUGUUUUAAUGAUGUUAUUAACUGAAAUAAAUGAAAAAUCUGAUGUUUCCGAUU